GCCCCUUUGAACAUCCUCCAUUCAUCCAUCCAUCAUCCUCCUUUUUUGCCUACUGGUGCCGUUGGCCUUGCACGAGCGGUGAACCAGUAUCCAACUCGACUCCUCGCCUCACUGAGCUCAAACCAGACUACGCCGACUGCCCAUCCCAACCCACGCCGCAGACCUGCAUCCAGGGCCGGUUCCGCUGACACAAGAGAGACAGAGACCACUUAUCAGCCUCCAGUUCCAACGACAACAUCAUCUUCUCAACCCUAUUUCCUACCUCCUCUCUGCUCCUGCAAUUUCAUUUCGCAUUACUCACUCCCUUCUCUGGCCUCCACUGCGCACUCGGGCCCUGCAUGACCACGGCGACUUGUCGUGUCCAAGAAAUCCUGUGCACUCCCGUGUAUCCUUGCUUCCUUCACCGCCUUGCAGGUGUGUCAAAGCUACACCGGGUCCUCCUUGUUGCCAAUUCCGGUUCGCUGCCAAUAAUAACUGCUCCUCAUCACCUCCGAAAGCCUCGUUCCUUCGACUUGCGUAUCACCAUAUCCAAUGUCCGAGCGUUGUCCAUCCAUAUCUAGGUCUGAUUGUGCUACAGCCACAACCCGCUCGAGGAUCUCCAGUCGAGCCUGUCGAGGGUUGAUGAGGUAACCCCUCACUGGGCUUAUCACCACCCGUGGACCCCCCACAACAUGGGCAAAGCACAUCACAAUGUCACUUCGCCCUUAACAAAGAUAGAGUCGGAGCCAGGUCGCCACAAACACUUGUUUGGCAUGCGGCAGAAAUUUCAUCGUCUAUUCAGCAAAGAUGAUCACACGCAAAGUCCCAUUGAUUGUUCCGACGAUGACGGCUGGCCCUCCAGCUGGACGCCCUCAGAUCCCUCACGGCCAGAUCCUCCUCGAGUUGGUUUGCCACGGCAAGCCACCUUCAGGCGUCAAAACUCGGAACGCCGAGAACGUCUCUUGCCCGUUGAGCCAGGUCAUGCUGAGCGAAGAGCCUUCUCUUCCACCAGACAGAUCUCGACGUCGUUACCUCGUCCCAGAGCCACUUCAUCUCCGCCGUAUUGGCAGCCAGGGAGAGCGUCUGCCCCCAUCGUAGCCAAUUCCAUCAGGGUCAGCCCAGAAGAUCAAGACUUUGUUCUUCCCACCGUCGUCGCCUUGCCCUCCGAUUCUUCACUCCAGGUGCCGCCACCAGAUCAUGCAUGGCCACCAACCGAUCUUUUGGAUCGUCCACCGCGACCACCCUCAACCACCUCAUCAGAUGCUUCGCAGUAUGCUGCCAUGGCUCAUGAUGACGACAAGGCCGACUUGCGUGCAGAAUUGGAUAGUCGAUGGAUUCUCAACCUCAGUAUGCACUUUAGGGACAAGUCGGACCGAGAAAAGUUCUUCGUUACUUACGCAGAGACCCCUAAUCGUUGGCGCCGUGUCACUGUUUCCUGUGACUACCGCAAUGCUGAGCCGGGAUCAUUGGAGGUAGACUUGAAAGAGCUCCAAUUUCAACGCGACAAGAGUUUACAGAUAUACGAGUCCAUCCGAGACUCAUUACCAGAGAUCCAAUUCUACGAUACCGUCACGAACCUCAAACUGGAGACCACAGAUGGACGCUUACACGUUCACGUCACCGAGGAUGUCCAUGAAAUCAUCCCCUACCCCUCGAGGAGCAUCAUCGCCCACACGUUCGCCGACCCAGAGACCCGUCCCUUGGAAGUUCGGGAGAGUGACCUGAUCUUCGAUUCCCAUUUGUCGGGAUUUGUCUACAAGGUCAAAUAUAAGGGCCAAGUCUACAUCAAAAAGGAGAUCCCCGGUCCAGAUACAGUAGACGAAUUUCUUUACGAGAUCAAUGCUUUGCAUGACCUGCAUGACUCCAACCACGUCAUUCAUCUGGAGGCCAUCAUCCUCGAUGAUGAGAGACAGGUCGUCAAAGGCCUGUUGAUAACCUAUGCUGAAAGGGGAGCAAUCGUCGACCUUCUCUAUGAUCACAAGGGAAAUAUUUCAUGGGAAGACCGUUGUCGGUGGGCCGAAGAUGCCGUUCGAGGUCUCAGUGAGAUACACGAAGAAGGCUACGUCCAGGGCGAUUUUACUCUAUCCAAUAUUGUCGUCGACGAUAAUAACCGCGCAAAGAUCAUUGACAUCAACCGACGUGGCUGUCCCGUUGGUUGGGAGCCUCCAGAGAUUGCCACAAAGAUUGCCAGCAACCAGCGAAUAUCAAUGUACAUCGGCGAAAAGUCAGAUUUGUAUCAGCUCGGUAUGACUCUGUGGGCUUUGGCAAUGGACGACGAUGAGCCUGAAAGACAUGCUCCCUUCAUGAGUGUGCAGGCAUUUCCACAGGAUGUCCCAGAAUGGUACCAAGACAUAGUCAGAAUCUGUUUAUCCACUCGUCCGAGGGACCGCUUGUCUGCCAAGGAUCUGGUUGAUCUGUUCCCUGAAACAAGUUCUACCUCUUCAGAGGGCACACGCCCUUGUUCGAAUAGGCCUCGGUUGAAGCUGUUGAACCCCCAUGACUAUAUUGACCCGGCAGAUGCGGUUGGAAGAGACGACAUCGAACGGCUAGCUCACCAACGGGACCAAAAUCUUACGCCAUACUCACCAGAGAGCUCCAGGGACGACUACUCUUUCACCUAUCCCAAAUCAUCAAAUUAUGAGAUCGAGAGCCAAAGUUCGGCAUACGAGAGGCCGAGGGGGAGACGACCCCCAACAAACUUUGGCCAUUUGGAAAGAAACGAAAGGCGACACUGGAUUUCAUAUGAAGGGGAGACUCCUCGCGUGGAAGAGUCGGAGCCAAAUAUAGUCUCUGUUUCUCCUGGCGGCGACCGUGAUUUGUAUGAUGAGAUCGACGUCAACGGCCAUCCCUAUUUAAUUUCACGUGGCACCUUUAAUGAGGAAGAAAUACGCAUUCUGGAAAUGGCCUCGAAUACUGAUCUCUGCUCCUCCGAGCAAGUCACACCUCAAGGAAGUGGUGCCCCCUCGAUCGAGCGUUUGGAGCGCACGGCAACUCCUGUCAAAGAUACUUCUGUCAGCUCUGAUCGGACACCACGUGGAAGUCGGCUGACGCUACCAAUAUUUUCUCCUUCCGAAGAAGUAAAUUCCACCAGUUCGAUUAUUUCCGACGAAACUGCUCGGUCCUUUGAAAUGGUAUCCACCCAAGGAAGCCCGGAGCAAACCCAGCCUGACACUGGCACGCCGGCGCUAGCCUCACAUGGCCCACCAACGCUGCCAUAUGAUGACAGUGGAUAUGAUGAGCCAUUCAUUGUGUCCGAUCCGACACACGAGGAAGCCAGUGUGACCGAAGACUCACUGUGUUCAGUUCAUUCUGAGGAUUUCAACGUGCUAAUUCACCCGACCGACUUGUCCUUGUCAAGGGCAAUUGAGAGCCAGACUGCCAGGUCUUCUAAAAAUAUCGAGGACCUCAGUAUGUUAAGCGCAGAAAGAUUCGCAAGUCUAGAGGAAGUCCCUGGUGACGCAAGUGGGAAUAUGCUUCUAGGACAGAUGUCUCAGCCAGUCUCUCGCCCCUUUGUGGAAUCUGAUAACGUUGAAGGCCGCGCAAGUUGUUCAGUUACCAAAGGCCAGCUGUCGACAUCGGCCCCUGCCGCAGAUGAUGGUCUCACCCACCACACAGACUUGACCAAAUCACCUCCAGCGACUCAGACUUGCCUUGCUGACUCUACUGUCCAUGGAGCGCCCGUCAACUUGCCACAUAGCAGUGACGAAGAAGUGAAACCAACACAAGCACAAAAUGGUGCAGAGUUAUUGGAUAGCUCUUCUAAGGAAAAGGCUUUGGCCCUUCCAGACGUGCCACAUCGUCAGGUGCCACAGGAAUGAUACCGUCAAUCCUAUCGAUUUGGGUACUUGUGCUCAUUAUUCGCGCUCCUGAGUUGGAAUCCAGCAGGACGAACUGAACAACUCACGAAGUGGUACAAAUCAGGCUCAUGUUGUUAUGGUGAUACACCACUUGUACCUUCGUGGCACACUCCUCGAACUUGAUCAACGUCUGAUGAGGUAGGCCAUGUAAAUACCGACAAUGGUUUCCCAAACGUUUUCAAUCCUUUGGCCGGUUGCCACGAGGUUCAGAAUGGCAUACCGGUAUGGGUUGGUGGAAAGGACAAUGUCACGUGCGAACGACGAGUUUGAUACACCGGAGUGACUACAGAAGUGUCUUUUCAGGCCCUGGCUGCCCGUCCGGACGAUCUACAACGGCGGUAUGAUAAUGAGGGCUAGGUUACUAGUUCCAUGAGAGAUGUGUGUUUGACGAACACCAAAGCCUUGCCUCCGAACCAUAUGAAGAUGAACUGGAUGUCGGAUGACCUGACAGACUAGAAGCUGCCGGCUUUCAAGCCUUUGUGCCAAAGUGAUCGGCGUGCGUGAGCAUGGAACUUGGACUCAACCUCCUGGGCUCGGGAUGACCAAAGAACGUGAGGAUGGUUUGAGUAGCCAAGAACAUGGGAGUCGUCAUUGUAUCUAUAAUUUGGGUGGAGUUUGCAGUGGUGUUUUGAUUAGUUUUGGUUAUUCUCUGGUACCUGAAGUUGAUUUCUGGGCAUUGGUCCUCACCACAACAGUCAACAGGCAACAGUCAUUGGAGCACUUCUGGGAGUGUGGCCGGCAGGCUUUUCCUUCGAGCGCGGCUCUAGGUAGUGAUCUACGAGCAAAUCUUGUUGUCUGUUUGUUUUCCUUGGCGUUUUGACACGACUGAGCGGCUUUUACUCCCAACUUUGAUGUGAGAGCGUGGAAGCCGACGACUGAUAUGACGAUCGAGAUGGCUGUUGAUGGGCUUCAGAGUGUUCCUCGUCUUAUUGCAGUUUCCAAUCACGCCACGACAUUGCCGGCCUGUUGGCCCACGAUACACGAAUCACGACUCACGACACAACUGCAGAAAGGCUGAUGUUGAUGGACAAGAGAAAGAAGAGAUUGAAUCGAAGCAAGAGAAGGUCAUGUGAGUUAUUCUCAUGAACGGGAAGGGCGGACGAGCUGGAUUUUUUUAGACUGAGGCUUGUAUCUAGGCUUUACUCAUGGCUCAGGGGUGCAGGUGGGCGAGUAUAAGCAAGGCGGGCAUUUCGCGGUACAAUAGGCUGAGUAGUAGGCAAGGCAGAACAGAACUUAUCUCAUAGUUUUCCUCUGGGGAUUAAGAAUGUUA